GGAGAAAGAUUGUUCAAAAAAAUGUUUUCCAUCUCUUCCAGAAAUCUAAGGUUUCUACUUUUGAGAAGAUGUGGGCCUUCAUGAGCAGCAAGCCAAGCACGUCACUGGUGAAGUCUAUUGAGGAUGGGAUUCAGAGGGUGCUGAAGUCAGACUAUGCCCUCAUAAUGGAGUCCACCACCAUUGAUUACAUCACUAGGAGGAACUGUAACCUGACCCAGGUGGGAGGGCUCAUCGACAGCAAAGGCUACGGCAUUGGCACUCCCCUCGGCUCCCCAUACAGGGACAAAAUCACCAUAGCGAUCCUAAGCAUCUUGGAGGAUGGGCGCCUACACAUGCUGAAAGAGAAGUGGUGGAGCGGGAACAGCUGCUUGGAUGAAGAGCGUCGUGAGACAGGCCCCAUGGGUAUCCAGAACCUGGGUGGUAUAUUCAUCGUGCUGGCUUCUGGCCUAGUGCUGUCGGUCUUUGUGGCGAUUGCUGAAUUCAUCUACAAGCUAAGGAAGACUGCAGAACGUGAGCAG